UUUGAGGAAAUUCAAGUUUUUGGCUUCAAAUCCAUGAGUUUUUGAGGAAAGUUUGGGUUUUUAUUGGAUUUGGGGCACCGAUCGGAUCCGCCCACGGGAUUCCCAGCGGCGCGGAUUGCGGUCGGAGAGAGGAACUUUUGAUGGAGGACUGCUAGAGCUGCUGCUGCUGCUGCUGCUGCUGCUGCUGCUGCUGCUGCUGCGUGUUGGGGGUUGGAGAUGGGGUGUUGGCCGUGUUUUGGAUCGGACAAGAAUAAAGGGGAGGAGAAGAAGCCUGGAGGGGAUUUUAGGAAGGAAGGUUCCACCGCGCCGUCUGUCACUAGGGUUGCUUCUGACAAAUCAAAGUCGCGGGAUGGCUCUGAGUCCAAGAAGGAAGCAUCUGCACCAAAAGAUGGAAAUCCUGGACAUAUUGCUGCACAAACAUUUACAUUUCGUGAGCUUGCUGCAGCUACCAAAAACUUUAGACAAGAAUGCCUUUUGGGUGAAGGGGGUUUUGGUCGUGUGUACAAAGGACGAUUGGAAAGCACUGGUCAGGUCGUUGCUGUGAAGCAACUUGACAGGAAUGGACUUCAAGGAAAUAGAGAGUUUCUUGUUGAGGUACUCAUGCUUAGUCUGUUGCAUCAUCCCAAUCUUGUGAGUCUGAUUGGUUACUGUGCUGAUGGGGAUCAACGCCUUCUGGUGUAUGAGUUUAUGCCACUGGGAUCAUUGGAGGAUCAUUUACACGAUGUCCCAUCUCACAAGGAACCCCUUGACUGGAAUACACGGAUGAAGAUCGCAGCUGGUGCAGCAAGAGGCUUGGAAUAUUUGCAUGAUAAAGCAAACCCACCUGUUAUUUACAGAGACUUCAAAUCAUCAAACAUCCUUCUUGAUGAAGGAUUUUUCCCAAAGCUGUCAGAUUUCGGGCUCGCAAAACUUGGUCCAGUUGGUGACAAGACUCAUGUCUCAACAAGGGUUAUGGGAACAUAUGGUUAUUGUGCUCCUGAAUAUGCUAUGACUGGACAAUUGACGCUGAAGUCUGAUGUUUAUAGUUUCGGUGUUGUCUUUCUUGAGCUGAUCACUGGCCGGAAAGCAAUUGACAGUGCUCGGCCUACUGGAGAGCAGAACCUGGUGGCUUGGGCCCGUCCUUUAUUCAAAGACCGAAGGAAGUUCCCUAAAAUGGCAGACCCAUUGUUGCAAGGCCAUUACCCAAUGAGAGGCCUGUACCAAGCUUUGGCAGUUGCAGCCAUGUGUUUACAGGAACAAGCCGCAACACGGCCUCUUAUCGGCGAUGUUGUCACUGCACUUUCAUAUCUGGCCUCACAAACUUAUGAUCCAAAUGCAACUGCUUCUCAAAGGGUUGGCCCGUCGACUCCGCGGUCUAGGGAGGAUCGAAGGAAUCUUGGUAGUGUGUCUGAUAGUCAGUUUGCCCAUUCCCCUCACCGAAACUCCCCGGACUUCCGACAGAGGGACCUUACCCGGGGAUCAAGCAGAGGAGAUUCCGCUAGUGGUUCUGGCCGAAAGGGCAUCUUAGAUGAAUUCGACAGACAGGACUCUCAAAAAGACAGCCCAAUCCAUGGAACAAAAGCAAGAGACUCUCCAAAGAAUCUCAACCGAGACCUCAAUCGAGAACUUGCAAUCGCCGAGGCCAAAGUUUGGGGUGAGAACUGGAGAGAGCGAAAGCGGACAAAUACACCGGGUAGCUUUGAUGGUACAAAUGAGUAGAAUCAUUUUCCCGACCGUCAUCCGGUGUGUCAACGGUGCAGAAGAAUAGGCAAGGGGGCAUCUUUUCAGUGGCAAAUAAGGUAGAGACGGGUUCUCCUUCAAGCUCACUCACUGUCUUCCUGUUUACGUGAAUUGAGAAUCCGAUAAGAUGCUUGUUUCUUCGGGUUUUUUUUUCUUUUUCUUUUUCUUUUUUGUUUUUUUUUCUCGACCCGAUGUGCAGCGUCGUCUUUGUAACUGGUUGUCAUGUAAUUCGUCGUCUUCUUCGGAGAGUACUUUCCUGAACAGAAAACAUGAAUAGUGUAGUAAUGUUUUUUCAGGUUACAUUAUCACAGAUGUUGUGUGCAGGUUGUUGCACUUUGUAA